AUGGAAGUGGGCAAGAUCAUGUUGCCAGCCUUCUCUUUGUGUUGUGAAGAGCUUGUCAACAAAUGGACACAGUCCCUUGGUCCCGACGGGUCAUGCGAGGUGGAUGCUUCCCUAGAGCUCCAGAGCCUCACCGGAGAUGUCAUCUCACGCACCGCAUUCGGCAGCAGUUAUCUCGAAGGAAGAAGGAUUUUUCAACUGCAGUCUGAGCAGGUCGGACGGUUCAUGGCAGCCAUUCACAAGAUCAUGAUUCCCGGUUACAUGUCCUUCCCUACUAAAAAUAAUCGAAGGAUGCGCCAAAUUAACAACGAGAUAGAGUCCAUUCUACGAGGUCUAAUUGGGAAAAGGAUGCAAGAUAUGCAAGAAGGAGAAAGCACAAAUGAUGACUUACUCGGCUUAUUGCUCGAGUCAAACAAGACUGACGUAAAUGAAAAUGGCCAAUCCGUUCCAGGAAUGUCCACUGAAGAGGUAAUAGAGGAGUGCAAGCUGUUCUACUUUGCAGGAAUGGAGACGACAUCAAUAUUACUCACAUGGACGAUGGUCGUACUUAGCAUGCACCCAGAGUGGCAGGACCGUGCAAGGGAGGAGGUUCUUGGCCUAUUUGGAAAACAUAAGCUUGACUACGAGGCUCUUAAUCGACUCAAAACUGUGACAAUGAUUCUUUAUGAAGUUCUCCGGUUGUACCCACCGGCUAGUGCGUUCACCCGACAGACAUACAAGGAGAUUGAGAUCGGAGGCAUCACGUACCCACCUGGUGUGAUUUUCGAGAUGUCUGUGUUGCACAUCCACCACGACAAGGACAUCUGGGGAGACGACGUGCACCAAUUCAGGCCUGAUAGGUUCGCGGAGGGGAUCUCCAAGGCGUCCAAGGAACCGGGAGCAUUUUUCCCGUUCGGAUGGGGGCCACGGAUCUGUAUCGGUCAGAAUUUUGCAUUGCUUGAGGCCAAGAUGGCGUUGUGCAUGAUUCUUCGGCGCUUUGAGUUUGAGCUCGCGCCGUCAUAUACGCAUGCGCCACAUACUGUAAUGAUGUUGCGUCCCAUGCAUGGUGCUCAAAUUAAGCUGCGGGCGAUCUCUUUGUAGUAGUAUUGCCGUAUACACAUUAUUCACUACAUAUAUUAUAUACACUCUUAUCUUGGCCAUGUAAUAAGGCUUUCAUUGCCUUC